ACAGCCAUGGCAAGCGUCGUUUUUCUCGUACCGUCGAUAAAAACGGUGGUUCGCUUUAUACGGAGGAUGGUGAGGAGGGUGAGGAGGACUAGGAGAAGGAGGAGGACGACUAGUGCAAGGAAGGGGAGGACUAGGGUGAGGAGGAGGAGGAGGAGGAGGAGGAGGAGGAGGAGGAGGAGGAGGAGGAGGAGGAGGAGGAGGAGGAGGAGGAGGAGGAGGAGGAGGAGGAGGAGGAGGAGGAGGGCUAUUAGGAGGAGGAGCAGAGCUGGAGUAGGAGGACCAGGAGGAGGACAACUAGGAGGGUGAAGGGAGGACUACCCACUAGACAGAG